UACUGAUCUACUGCUUCCUCGCCUAACCUCCGAUGUUCUAGGAGACUUGUGACGCGUCGGACGGCUGGGUUUUGGUUGUAAUAAAAAAUUAAAAAUUUAAGUCAUCUUGAUUCUGGAACGAAAGCACGCGCUCUCUCCCUCUAAACCAUGCAGACUCUAUCAAUGGACGCUUGCAACUUCCCAGGCUCUCAUCCCCAAUUUCUAGGGUUUCGCGCUAACAGCCUCUCUUUUUCUUCCUCAUCUCCAAGCCCUGUCUCCUUCCCCAAUCGGACACCCAUAUUCCCCUGCAUCUCCUGCACCUCCAAUGCCAGAAGCCAAAACCCUAGGCGCAACACCCAUGGGGGAGGAAGAGGAGAGAGGCCCAAUGCCAAGGGCAAGGACAAUGUGUGGAGCGUGGACAACGACGCCUCGGCUAUGGUCCAGAAGGAAAGGGAGAAGGCGACCAGAAGGAGGAGAAGGGGUCGGAGGGUGAGGACUGUCAAAAGGAGUAAGGGCGAUAGGGUUAUGAUUUCUCAGGCUAUGUUGAUGGAGGUUGAAAGGGUGCUUCAAACUCAGGAACCUGUAAUUCGACCAGCAUGGAAUACAUUUGCAAGUAGUGUCAGUGGGAUAUGGAAGGGAGUGGGGGCAGUAUUUUCACCGAUCACUGCUGAAAUGGAGCCAAUUGAUAUUGGAAACAAAAGUGAAAGCCUAUAUGAUUGUUAUACUCUUUCCUGUGUUGAGGCUGUGCCACCCUCUGUUGGUGGGCAGACAUCUCAAAUCCAGAGGAAAAUAAAUUGGGUAACACUGAAUCCUUAUGGUGAAAUGCAAUACAGAAUGGAGGUGGCAAUAGAAGCAAAGAAGAGUGUGACAAACCAUAUUUUGCCUAAAUUUGAGUCUUUUGACUUUGGCACAAGUGAUGUGAUGGAAGAAGAUAUCAUGGGCCAUGAGUCUGGUCUUGUAUUCUUCGAGGAUGGAUCUUAUUCUAGAGGUCCUGUUGAGAUUCCUGUUGGUGAACUUGACGAGUCGAAGUAUUACCUUUCUCCAACUUUCAAGUUUGAACAAUGUUUGGUAAAAGGUUGCCACAAAAGACUGCGUAUUGUCCAUACUAUAGAAUUCAGCAAUGGGGGUUCAGACAUACGGAUAAUGAGGGUGGCUGUCUAUGAAGAACAAUGGGUCAGUCUUUCAAGCCUCCCUGAUCAAAGUGAUCUGGAGCUUGAUUCAAAACCCUUUUCCCAGAGGAAGAGAACCCAGCCAUCAGAGCUGACUGGAUCCUGGAAGGUGUUUGAGGUGAGUGCUACUCCAGUCUUUGGUGAGGAGAUGCUAGCAGGGGAAAGCAAUGGCACACCUUAUGUUUACCUCUGCACAGAGACCUUAAAGAAGAGAAGCUUGCCAGAAAAUUCAGUAUACUUUGGAGAGGAGGAGAUGCUAGACAUGCAGGAUGUGACUGUUCUUUGGCUGCCUGGUGGUGUCACAGGUUAUGUUGAUGUCAACAAAGAGGGUGUACUUUGUAUUGGAGUAGGGUGGUACUCAGAUGAAGGAAUCAAUCUGGUGAUGGAGAGGGAUUAUGGAAUAGAUGGGAAGCUCAAGGAAGUUAGAUGGAAAACUGAGGUAAAGAGAAGGUGGUCCGACCCAAUCCCCUUGUAAAUAUUUGAAAGCAUUUCAGUCUCGUAGCCAAUAUAUUUUGAUCGGAAUCUUUUGAAUCAGUUCCCCAGUCUUGUGGUGUAUGACUGAACCUGGUGCAAUGCACAUUGAUUUGUGAAUGAAAAUAGAGAUG